AGACCACAUUUAAAAAUAAUUUUCUAUAUUCAUCACUAUAAAGUGGUAUUUUAUUGAGAUAUCAAAUUUUGAAAAAUUCAACUUCAAAAGCGCUACCUAUCAAGCCUCCAUAAAAAAAUCAUAUUUUUCUCGAAGUCUAACACUUGUUUAGUAGGAUUUUUAUCUUUUAGUUGAUUGGAAUUUAUUGAAAUUAUGCUGCCCGGCCAUGGAUGAGUGUUUUGAUUUGUUUUUAAAUAUUUUGAUUUACUAAAAUUUUAAAAAGAUUAAAAAACAAUUUUAAUGGAACAAGGUGCAAAUAUUUUAUGCUUGAGGGUUGAUUCUAGGCUGUUUAACUUUUGUAUGUGAUCUAUAUUUAAAGGGCAAACCUCACACAAUCUGAAAGCUGACAGAGUCAAUGAAAUUUCCGUUCUUACAAUUAAAAUGGUCAAAAUUUUCAAGCAGUUUUGAUACUUUCAAGGGAUUUGAAUUAAUAAAAAUGCAAAUUAGGUUUCUUUGAUUUUCUCUAUUUGGUAAAAAAAGAAGCAACAUCAUCUACUAAAAUGAGCUCAAAAAUAUGGAGGCAUUUUUUCAAGACAAUUUUUUUAGGUCAUUCCAAAAGAUAAUGGAAAAAAAUAUCGAAAAUUAUAUUCAAAGGAAAAAAUUUUUGACUAAAAACUGGCCAAAAGUAACUUAUGGUUGCAAACUAAACAAAACACAUAAUAUUUCUACGGAUUUUAGACGAUAUUCAGAAUGAUUAAAAUGGCUUUCAAUUGAACGACUCAUGCUCAUCAACGAUUGGAAGCUCAGGAAAAAAAUAGAUGGUCUAAAUUUCACAGCCUUAAUCAUAAAUGAAUGAAAACUGGCUUCAAAUUUUUAUUUCAAAACUUUUAAAAAGCAUAUUAACCAUAGUACAUCACGACAAAAUUACCUUUUUUCUUGCCACAAACUAAAACGUAAGCAUAUUUUCUCAUUUUUAAAGGGCUAAUUUUACACCGCGACCAAGAAAAUAAUUAAUGCUUUGGCAGAAGCUCCAAAAGUUUCCGAAUUAAAAGGAUCAGGCCUCAUAUUGUUCCGAAAGAGUUAAAAGCAAAGUUUAGACCGGCCGUAUACAGCGAAUGAAUUUUACGGCGCGCCGCGAGGGCGAAAUGAAUCGAUUUGGGGUGGGAAACGGCGGCGAAGGGUGUCGUCGCUCGCAGUCAGCAUGUGGCUGCCAGCCGGAGCGCUUCUGGCUCUGCUCGCCGUCGUGUCGGACGCGUGUCCCGGCUGGACGGUUGACUGUCCGGCCCUGUCAGUGGCAAACGCCACCGAGGCUGACAUCCUGGCAAUCAACGCCACGCUGCUGUGCCGCCUGACACUGCGCAAAGGACACCUACACGCUCUGCCAACACUCGAACCGGCAGGGCACCUGCGCGAGCUGGACGCGUCGGAGAACGCGCUGCGCGUGCUGCCCCCUGUGCUGCAUUUUCCGGCUUUGCGCACGCUCAACCUGAGUCACAACGCGUUGACCACCCUACCAAUCAACUUUCUUUCGGCGUCGCCGUGCGUCACCGUGCUGGACGUCUCGCACAACCAGCUAGCCGUCGUGUCCGCGGGCGUCGGACUGGCGCGCAGACGCACGACGCACGUCUCCCUGGCGCACAACCGCAUCGUCCGCGUCGACCCUGGUGCGUUGGAGAACGCCGUCGUCAGCCGCACCCUCGACCUGUCGCACAACCGCCUGAGACGCUUCCCCGGCGACGCCUUGCGUAGGGCCAGGCACCUGGCUAGCGUCAGCGUUGCGUUCAACUGCGUACGGCGUCUCCAGCGCGGAGAAACGGACGAUAUUUCGGUCGGAAGUUUGGAUAUUUCAGGGCAGUUGGAGCGCAUCGACGCGGACGCAUUUCGCAACCUGCCUGCGUUGGAAAAUUUGACGCUGACGCACAGUCCCGGACUGCGUUUCAUCCCUGCAGAUGCGUUCGGAGACGCACUUCCGAGCCUCCGCGUCGUGAAUUUAAGCGGAAACGCGCUGCUAGGUUUCGAACGUCCGCCAUUUUGGAUUGACGUGCGGGUUGACGCAUCAGGGAACGCGUUCGUCUGCCACUGCGCACAUCACUGGCUCAACAUCACGUGCGCCGAAGCGUCCUGCGCGCCGCUAGUGCUCCCUUUGCUUCCGGAAACGGCCGCUGUGGCGCUGGGGGGCAGUUUGGAGCUGCGUUGCAUCGCGUUGGGGGCCGAACGCGUGCGUUGGCUGCGUGCGGACGACGGGAUAGCGUCCGAUACGUCUCGACUGCGUCUGACGCACGCCGGGCGCGAAGCUGGCGGCCUCUUUACGUGCGUCGCGUCCAACGCUUUGGGUUUGGCUCGACGCAGCGUGCGUGUGAGCGUCAAAGACCCAAACGUGCGCCUUUUUGUUCUCAGCGUGAGCGCGACGUUCGUAACGCUUGCGUGGAACAUGAGUGGCGCAGCGCCGUACGUGCUUCGCUGGGGCGCCGACGCAGCGGCGCUGGACAACGCGUCGCCGACGUUCCCGCCGGCGCCGCGGGCGCACUCGUACGCGGUGCACGGCCUGCGUCCCGCCACCGCCUACUGCUUUGCGCUCAGCCUCGACGCAGACGUCACGCUGGACCGCACGUGCGUCACCACGGCCGCUGACGGGCUGGUCGGCGUGGAACGCAGCUACGCCGCCAUCGCAGCGCUCGGCCUCGCCGCUGUUGCCGCCCUCGCCGCCUGCGUCGCCCUCUGCGUCAUCAACGCACGCCCCACGCGCACCGUGCGCAGGGUAGAGCUAAUCGAAUCCGUCGACGCCGCCUUCUUCAUCGAGUUGGACUAAAAAUUAAAGUGUAAAUAGUAUCAUUCAAAAGGACAAAAUGAAAAAUAUUGCUAUAAAUGUGUGUUAUUAUUUUAUUUGAAGUGAUUUCAGUUAAUUCAUAAUCGAAUUCAAAAGAAGUAUUAUUCAGCUUUACAAGCUAAUUUUAAAUUUUCUUUGUUGCUUGAACGGCGCUGAAAGGGCAUUGUGAUAUUGUUCCUCUAAAGCCGGCAUUAUUUAGUUACUUUUCUAGGAUUAAAGUUGUUUCAUAUAAUUUGACGAAUUUUACUGUGAGUCUAAUUUUUAAUAUUACUAAUUAAUCGAAAAAAUAUCUCUGAAAUUCGUUUUUCUUCCUUGUGAAUUCCUGUUUUAGACUAAAAUUGACUUUGUUUGGUCAAAAAUAUAAUUCCGCAGUGUCGAAAUAUCGUGAACUUGGCAUAUUUCUUCUACAAAUAAAUACGUUUGCUCAAAAUCAAACACAUUCUGUAACUGUUCUACGUCAAAUAUUCCUUUUUUAAUUUGUGAAUUAAAUCAUAUUUUAUUUCUGCAAUAAAAUGUGUCAAGUGAAAUUUGCAAUAUUUUCUGCUAUUUAGAGCAUGAUAUGUCACAUAAAAAAUUGUUACAGGAAGG